CUCCUCCCCUUUCACGGCGUCACUGGCAAGAGCUCAGCCAUUUUCUCCUCCUCCACCCACUCCCUGCUUCCAGUUCAGCUGCAUUCUCUUGCACAUUCACCGGCGCCUGUAGAUACAGAUAUCUGUAUGUAUAUGAGCUUCUCUGAGCUGAAUACGAGUCAAAGUCGAAGAAGGUAUUGGUAACCCAGCGUUAGGCUCUACAUAGUCGUCAUCUUCUUCAAAGUGCGUGGAACCCUAUCUGCGUUGAGGCUUGAGAGCGUGUUAGCUCUGGAAAAAUGGGGGUUAACAGCAUGUUUGGUCUUUCAAGAAGGCGGACAAAGCUUGGGAGAUUGAAAGUUCAACUUCCAGAGUCUGCUCAGGGAACUAAAAGUCCCAUCAGGAACCCGAAACGUUUUAGCUGUCCUAGUGGUGAAGAUGUUGUAAACAGCAUAAAUGAAUCUGAUGAAAACAGCUGCCAACAUUCUACUAGUGCACCAGAGUUUAACAAUUGCACUUCAGGGAGCUCUGAAAGUUGGAUGGUCCUUUCUAUCUCUGGAGACAAGCCUAUACCUCGCUUCAAUCAUACUGCAGCUGUUAUUGGGAACAAGAUGGUAGUAGUUGGUGGUGAAUCUGGGAGUGGACUAUUAGAAGAUGUGCAGGUGCUAAAUUUUGAUAGAUUCUCAUGGAGUACGGUGUCAUCAAAGCUUUUCCUUUCACCAACCAGUCUCCCUUUAAAAAUUCCUGCAUGCAAAGGUCAUGCUUUGGUUUCCUGGGGAAAGAAAGUGCUUUUGGUUGGAGGGAAUACUGAGCCUGCUAGUGACAAAGUUUCAGUGUGGGCAUUUGACACUGAAACUGAACGCUGGUCUCUUAUGGAAGCCAAGGGUGAUGUCCCGCUUGCGCGCAGUGGUCAUACAGUUGUCAGAGCAAGUACGGUUCUGAUAUUGUUUGGGGGUGAAGAUAGUAAAAGGAGGAAACUGAAUGAUCUACAUAUGUUUGACCUAAAAUCUAUGACAUGGCUCCCUCUCCAUUGCACGGGAGCAGUUCCGCCAGCAAGGUCUAACCACGUUGCUACUCUUUAUGAUGAUAAACUUCUAUUUAUUUUUGGCGGAACGUCAAAAUCUAGAACAUUGAAUGACUUGCACUCACUCGACUUUGAGGCAAUGGUGUGGUCAAGAAUGAAAAUACGUGGAUUCCAUCCAUCACCCAGAGCUGGUUGUUGUGGAGUUCUAUGUGGAACUAAAUGGUAUAUUGCUGGAGGCGGUAGCAGGAAGAAGCGUUAUGCUGAGACUUUGAUGUUUGAUGUUCUAAAACUGGAAUGGUCUGUUGCUGUUGCAUCACCUCCAUCAUCUAUCAUCAGCAACAAGGGAUUCAGCCUAGUACUGGUGCAGCACAAGGAAAGGGAUUUCCUUGUAGCCUUUGGCGGUUUCAGGAAGGAUCCUACAAAUCAGGUUGAAGUGCUCUUGAUUGAAAGGAAUGUUUCUUCAAUGGGUCGGAAAUCAACCUUAAGUAACGUAACAGGAAAUAUGCAAUUAGGAAACCACAUUUCAUCCAUUUUGUCAGCUGGCCAACCUUGUAAUGUUGCUAAAAUCAAUAAAGAUUCAGCUUCAAAACGGAAUCCGACAUCUGCAACAGAACAUGGUGGCUCUGGUAGAAAGUCAUUGUCAGAAUCUUUACUCAGUGACCCGAAUUCGGUUUCUGGUAAUGUAUCACUUCGCAAACAGUUCUAUGAUGAGGAAGAAACCAGCUCGAAGAUGCUAGAGAGCUCAGGCGAUGACAGUUCUUCACAGGCAGUAGAACGCGAAACAAGAGAACUUGACAGGUUUGGCGGGGGAACUAUUUCCGGAAAAGAUUGCACAAUUCCUGAAUCAGGGGACAUGGCAACUCACAGAAAGCAAAGAAGCGAAAACUUUCCGCUAGACAACAGCGGUUCUGUCUUUCAAGAAAGUGAUUGCAAAUUUGGGAUAUCGGCUCCAGUCAGUCUCUAUCAAUCAUAUGAAGCAAAACUUACCUCCCUGCUGAGGAAGAACGGACUUCUUGAGGGACAGCUGGCAGCAGCAUUGGUCAGUCGUGAAGCGGCAGAGAAGAGUCUGUCUGUUGCUCUUAAGAGUAAACAGGAAAUGGAGAAAAAGCUUGGAGAUUCCCUGAAGGAGAUGGACUUGCUUAAAGAGAAGCUUGCUGGUGUAGAAUUGGCACAUGAAGAGGCCAACAGCUUGUCGAAUAUUGUCCACUCCGAUAAUGUUAGGCUGGAGCAUGACGUUGCUUUUCUCAAGGCGGUUUUAGAUGAUACUCAAAAGGAACUGCAUUCAACUAGGGGAAUUCUCGCAGGUGAAAGGGCCAGAGCUUUCCAAUUACAGGUUGAAGUGUUUCAUCUAAAACAAAGAUUGCAGUCACUGGAAAACCGAGCUCCAACUCCUCGGAAGCCAUUCCAUGUCUAGCGCUGGAUUGGGGAUGGGUGAUAAUAAUUAUAUUAGACUGAACUAUUAUUGUAUACUCUUUUGGUAUUAGGGUAAUGCAAUGUUGUUUAAGUGAUUGUUUAGUGAUUUUUGUUAGGAAAAAUGUACUCCUUCCUUCCCACUAUAAUUUUUCAUUUUGGAUGCCCCCCCAUAUACAUAUAUUUCCACUUUUCAUAUAUCUAUUCUAUUUCUUUCAAAUAAAGUUCAAUUGCACAACUUUAAUUUUUUUUUAUUUUUAUGUAAGUCUAUUUGAAAAUUAAACAAAACUUAUGUUCCAAU